AUGAACCGCCAGGCCCUGAAGCUGAAGGAGGAGUGCGGGCUCUGCCACCGGGCUGACUCCGACCCCGACACCUACGGGCAGAAAUGCCAGCGGGGUAAGCUGUGUGUGCACGAGAACUGCCUGUACCACGCCAGCGGGCUGGUCCAGAGGGGGAAGGAUGAGGAGGGAUUUUACGGGUUCCUGUAUCCGGACAUCAGGCAGGAAUUGAAGCGGGCAGUUCAGAAGACCUGCUGUGUGUGUGGCUGCAAAGGGGCGUCCGUCGCCUGCCAGGGCAGGAAGUGCACCAAGAACUUCCAUUUUCCCUGCGGCUCCGAGAGAGGCUGCAUCUAUCAGUUCUUCGGGGAGUUUAAAUCCUUCUGCUGGAAGCACCGGCCAGUGCAGCGAGUGAGACGGCGGCAGCAGCAGGCGGAAACCAUCUGCAUCAUCUGCUUGGAGUCCAUGCCAGGCAAACCCUCCUACAGCGCCAUGGUGUGCCCGGCUUGCAAGCACGCCUGGUUCCACCGAGGCUGCAUCCAGGUGCGAAUCCUUUUCCCGCGCUGGUUCCUGGGGGGACACGCUCUCCGCGCUGCCUUGUACCAUUUCCGAUGCCCCAGGUGCCGGGACAUGGGGACAUUCCAAAGAGAGAUGUUUCGAAUGGGCAUCAAAAUCCCUGACAGGGACGCCGCCUGGGAGGAAGACGGCGCGUUCAGCGACCAGUAUCACAGACACAGCCGCUGUGACGCCGGCUGCUGCCUGUACGUGGGCGGCAGAGAGCAAUCCGCAGAAGCCGGCCCGUGGGAGCUGCUGCUGUGCCACUCGUGUGGCUCCCAGGGGACCCACCGCCGCUGCUCCUCGCUGGGGGCCACCAGGGGCCCGUGGGAGUGUGAGGAUUGCGCGGAGCCAGCCGGGGCGGCAAGUGGGCACCAGUGCUGGGAAGAGCUGUGGACCCCCGGGGUUUCCCUGCCGCUGCUCAUCUCCGCUGCUCAUCUCCAUAACAUCCCAGCCCUGCCGGAGCAAGGUGCUGCCACCCAGAACACAGAGAGUGGAUACAAAUUGCUAUUUUGCCGGAAGACCAGCUCCCCAGGGAUUUCAUGGCGGUGGAGCGUUGUAGAUCUGUGCAGCCCGUAG